CAGUGAGGCUGCAAUGGGUCCCCAUCCCAUCGCCGUGGGGCAGCAGCCCCACUCCUGUUGUCACCGCUCGGCUCCCGCGUGCUCCUGACCCUGGUAACCACCUGCAGGCUCGAGGGCUGAGAUGGCUUCUUUCUGCUUUGCUCUUUGCUUUUCAUCUAUUCGGCAACAGGGUGCUGGGGGAUUUGUAACAGAGAUGGGAUCAGAGAGACGUAUCUGGAGACGAGACUGCUCUCGUGCCUUCUGGCUUUGGAGUUUGCCAGUGCUGUAAAUUGGAAUGAAAAUGUGUGCAUAAGAAAUGCCCUGAGGAGCAGAGCUGUGACUUCACGCUGCAACUGGCUGCCGUGAGCAUUUAUUAUUUGCUCAGAGUUCUUCCUAGACCACGAGUGUUGUUUCUUUUAAUUUGCUCCAACUUGCAGGAGGUGUGCGGGCAGCUGGGAGGCCUUCAGAGCCCCUCCCUGGGUCAGUUUGGCGCCUGGCUGCUCCUUAUGAAUGCUUUCACUGUGCUUGAAGAAAAUGAGGUCAGCGCACACAUCCCGAAGGCUGGGUGCCUGGCAGCACUGAUGCCUUCCCUCAUCCCCAGGCUAUGCCCCGCACAGGCAGCAGCUGCAGCCCAGGCCAUGGCGGGAGGCGGAGAGGCUUUUGUGCUCCAUAUUCUGCUCUGCAUCCUGGGCAGAGGUGCUGCCCAAAUCAGGUGCCUGGGGCACGUGAGGAUCGAGCCAGGCUCAGUGGUGCCAAUGGGUUCCAACGUCUCCAUCACCUGUGUUUCGGCGCUGGACUGCCCGUGGGCGAGCCUCUCCAUCCUGCUCAACCUCACAGCCCCCGAGGGUCCCCCACGCCUUCUCAACAGCAGUGCGGCCCAGCUGCAGCUGCGUGGUUUCCGCCUGCCCUUCAGCAUCAUCACCUGCCUCGCCCGCUGCCCCAACAGCUACUGGAACGAGGUGAUCUGCGGGACGGAGCUCUGGGCCGGCUACCCCCCAGAGCCUCCCGCCAACCUGAGCUGUGCCAUCCCUGAGCGCUUGGGGAGCCUGGCAUGCACAUGGGACGCCGGGCAGCCGACACUGCUGCACACCAACUACAGCCUCCACCUGCGCAGCACGCAGACAGCGCAGGAGGAUGUGUUCCCCACGGAUGCACCGGUGCCCUUGAGUGCACUGAAUGGCAGCAGUCACUACCUGGUGUGGGUGCAGGCCAGCAAUGCACUGGGCACGGCACGCUCAGCUCCUCAGCACCUCGACCUGCAGCAGCUCGUGGUGCCCGCCGUGCCUCUGGCUGAGAGCGCAGAGACGACGGCGGGGUCACCUCCCACCACCACCAUCCACUGGCGACAGCAGACGGAGCUGCAGGACGUGCGCUGCGAGGAGCGGCACAAGGCAGUGGGUGCUGCGGAGUGGCAGGUGACAGCAUGGGACAGUGCAGUGCAGCGUGGACACCAGCUUCAGAGUGCCACCAGCUACGUGUUCCAGGCACGGUGCCGGCUCAGCGCUGCGGGCAGCCCCUGGAGUGCUUGGGGUCUGCCCUUCAUCUACAGCACACCUGAGGCUGCCCCCGCGGCAGCACCCGACGUGUGGCGGCGGCUGGGCCGGCAGUUCCCCAACGGCAGCCACGAGGUGACAGUCUUGAUCAAGCCGCCCCGCGAUGCCCGCACACCCAUCCUGGGUUACGCCGUGUGGGCCGGAGCCUCGCGUCCCCUCUGCAACACGUCGAGCACAGCCUGCAGCCUCCUCCUGCCUCCAGCACUGCUCGACCUCCGCGUCACCGCCUACAACGCCCGAGGGGCUUCGAGCCCCGCCCGUGUGCCGCUCCGCCGGGACCCCAGCCCGGAAGCCUUCCCACCACCACUGGCUGUGGAUGUGCAGCACAAGAACCAGAGCACCAUAUUGGUGGCCUGGCAGCCUCCCCGGCACAGCAGGACCCCCCCACUCUGGUUCAUAGUGGAGUGGCUUUGUACAGCUCCAUACAGCCACGAGGAAGAGUUCUUUUGGAAGAAAGUCCCAGGCCAGGACACCCACACCUACAUCCGAGAGGAUGCAGCAGCAGGAAGCCACAUCAGCGUGUCAGUGUAUGCAGCCUACCCAGACGGAGUGAGCAAACCAAGCUCUGGCCAAGUUUCUUCGGAAGACAGGAUGUUGGACAUCAUCUACCAGGAGGCUUCGCAUGAUGAUGACAUCAGGUUUUUCCUGGGAAUGGGUGUCAGUGUGAUCAUAUUAUCUGUGGUUCUUGUCAUUCUGAUGUUGAAAAAAUCAGCUAGGAAAAGAACUAAGGCAGCAGUGGCACUGGUCUUGCCAAAAUGGCUGCUUGAAGAUUUCCCCCACGUGGAAAACAGCAGGGUGAUAAAGUCCUUCCAGGAGAAGAGUGAAUUCACAAGCAGCAUUUUCAGUGGGCCGGUCCCGGAUAACAGUGACCCCACAAUUACGGAAAUACAGGAGCUGUCAGGGCACAAGAAAUACAGGAACGUGGACAUCAAAAAGGAACCCAGCAGCGUGGUCCCUGAGAACGUGGAGCACCCACAGAGCUCAGCACCCCCCCACAGCACGGUCACGGAGCAGGUCGGUGACUACAAACCCCAGAUCUCUGAUGCAAACACACUGGGAUAUGUAGCUGCCAACAUUGGCCUAAUACAGCCCUACACGCCGGCUCCAGAACCAGAGACAAGUAUUUUCUUCAGAGACUACAGCAGCCCUUUCAGCUACCUGUGGGAUGCUCAAGGAGCUGAAGGGCCCCAGAUCUGCCUGCUGGAUAAGAUCAACCUGGUUUUAAACAACGACAGAAGCGGGCAAAACCACGCGUUCAGCUCUGCCCAGGAGGAACAAAAUACACUUCUGGAAAACCAGUGGGAAAAAACACUGUACAGUGAAGGAGCUCAGGAACAAACCUUGGUUCCAGAUGAGCUGGUUUCUUGCUUAAGGGCAACGAAUGGAGGAUCUGUGGAUAUACAGACCUGCUUUCCGCAGAGCAUCGGGAGAUUGUUUUGAGAGAAGCUGUGAUUAAAAGCCCACAGACUUGUGACAAUCCCAUUGUGACACAUAUCUGCCUUUGGGAUGUCAAACAUCAGAGCCGAAACAAAACUCCAGAUCUGAAACUCUCCCCCUUACCUGACCACAAAUAGCUUUUGGAUGCCUUGGCCAGUAAAACAUCAUUUUAAUUUUACCUCAUGUUUUUACAAACACAAAAAUGUGAGCUUGGAUUCCUGUAGGAACUGCAAUACAAAGCAGGUGAUUCUUACAGGAUGCAUUCUGCUUCAAUUAUUAGCCUAAGGCACUCUCUUGUUAAACAUACAGAACGUGUAACACCUGGAGCUGAUUGCCUUCAAGAUGGAUAAAACCAUCCCUGAGGUAUUCUGGCUGAAGUGUGUAAAAUAGCUUGGGAUCACCCCCAAUGAAGAGACACUACAAUGAGGUCAAUUUACACAUCAUGCAGCAGCCAUGGAUACCAUACGAAAUCUUUUCUGUUUGACAGAAUAGCCCAAUUUCAUUUUCCUUUCCAUUCAAUAAGAAAAAAAUCCAUCAGGUAAGAACAAACCUUCAUCAUCUUGGCCUGCCAGUCCCGCUGAAAAUCUCUGUCUCCAUUUGUCACUGGGCAGAUUCUUCAUUUUGGAUGAAGGAUUCAUCACCUCAUGUCAGUUUGUCUGCGGUUUGGCUUUGCUGCUCUGUACGAAGCAGAACACGGCAGAGAGAAAUGGCAUCUAUUCAGUGCAUAUGAGGAAAUUUGGAUCUUCUGAGAUGCAGAAAACAAAAUAUCAGUCUCCUUCCUGCUGAGUGGUCUUGAAAGCAGUUAAAAGUUUGCCCAGGAUGUCAGAGGUAGCCUUGCAAGAUGGCAAGCACCUGGGAAUGUGAGAGGUUGGAUUAUUAUCACUUCUUUGACUGAUCACCCCAACCUUUUAAGGAAACACUUGAAAUGCUCUGAAGGAAUACAAACAUAAAAGGAGUUUACUAUACCCUGUAAAAUGGCUGAGCAUUCCAUGAGCAAUGCUCUCCCUAAGGUUUGUUCUACUGGUCCUUCUCUCCUACCUCUUAUCACAGCAAAGACUGUUUUUAUGCUAGAGCUGUGUGCUCGGGGUGGGCAGGAGUUGGUGCCAUGCAGGCAGCACUGCAUGGGGCUCAGGGUGCAGCGAGGGGAGGGCAUUGGUCCUGAAGCCUCCUCCAUGCUGCUCAGAGCAGGACCUUGGGCACUGCACUAACAACAGGUAGCACAAAGGAGCCUCUGAACUGCGUACCAAUAUGUGUGAUUUCCACUCACUGAGGGGUCUGUGCACCUCACCCAGCUCAGGGUAACGGAGCUGGCUGCGCAUGUUGCAGGGAACACACGCAGGGGAUGUAUUUUGUAAGGCUGACAUUAACAGAAUGGUAAAAAAAUAAAAGAAAAAAGGAAACAAGAUCACCUGACUGUGCAUUACCAAACCAAAGGCUGUAAAACAGUCAUAGCAAGACUCAGAAUACUUUUAUAAGAAUUACAAAGCUAAUAUAAAUGCUACCCUACAUGUAAUUAGUUGUCUAGUAUUAUCCACUUGAUGACUGUUGGCAGCAAA